AUGGCGGCGGUGCGGCGCGGGGCGGCCGCGUUGGCGGCCCGGCUGAGGGCUGCGCUCUUCCCCCGCAUCGCGUUUCCGUACCGCGUGGAGCUGAAGCAGGGAAAGAAAUACGCGUGGUGUUCGUGCGGGCACAGCAGGGCGCAGCCGUUCUGCGACGGCACGCACCGCACCUCGGCUCCGGACAGCGUUCCGCUGCGUUUCACGGCGGAGGCGGACGAGAAAGUGUGGCUGUGCGGCUGCAAACGGACCCGCAGCCCCCCUCGGUGCGACGGCAGCCACCUACGGCUGUGGGAGGCGGGGAGAGGAGCCCGGCGCUGAGCUCCGUUGCUGGACUCCCUCCUCACCUCCGUGACCGCAACCCGGCCGGGCACCCCGUAGGGACGCAGCCCCUGUGAUUGCGGUGGGUCCCGGGGUCUGCGUGGGGCUGAGCGGCAUUUAUUGCGCUUCCUGAGCUGGGGCGUAAUGCGAAUGUUUGCUUGAUAACUGUAUGGGAUGUUGCAAAUAUACGAUGGGAUGUGACGGCAGGUGGGAUGCGA